AUGUCAUCUGUUUAUAUUUAUGAUAUCUGUAAACUUAAAAUGUCUAACAAGCAAAUAUUCGCAAAAGUCAUUCCAAAUAUUAAGCUAAGAACUCGAUUCGAUGCAGAUGGAAGGGAAAUUGAUGUUGAAAUUCGAGAAGAUACUGAAGCAUCGCAAUGCAGGAAGAAAAUCUUGGAUUUAUUGUUAUCAGCUGGAUAUUUUCGAGUGAUGAUUAAAACUCUGUCAGAUUUUGACAAAGUUAUUGGUGGAAUGACAUGGUGCAUUGAAGCUUGUGAGUUUGAUGUAGAUGUAGAUCUUUUGUUUCAUGAAAAUCUCUCGAUAGGUCAGAAAAUAGCAUUAACAGAACAAGUUGUGACUGUUUUACCUCAAAUGAAAUGUCCAUUUAUCUUAGAACCUCAUCAAAUUCAAGGAUUGGAUUUUAUCAGCAUUUUUCCAGUCAUCCAGUGGCUCGUAUCGGAAUCGGUAAAAUUAAGGAACGAAAAAGCCGAAAGACUAAAAUCAUUUGCCAUAUCACAAUUUAAUAAUCACUGUAGCUCAAAAGCUAAUGAACAAGAGAAAAUUGAAAAAGAACAUCUACAAAAUCUAUUAAGAAAAAUCGAGGACAUUUAUGCUGCAAAACGAAAAUACAAAAGGAAGCAAAAUGUUGAGCCUGAAGAAGAAUACAGUCGAGUUAGGCUGACUCUCCUCGAGUAUGGAAUUAAAACCUUAUCACGAGGAAUCACUAGACAUGCUGAUAGUGGAAAGUCACAAGAUGGCGCAAAAGAAGUUUUCGCCGAUGAAAUUGAGCAGCAUGAGAACGAGAUUCAGCAACUUGUCAUUGAAAACCUUUCACUUGCUAAGGAGGAAAUUUACGAGAAUGCAAAUUUGACGGAAGAAGAGCGACAAGAAAUAGCAAAACAUUAUGAGAAUUUAAAGCAAGAAAUGCUAAUUGAUGCAAAACAAUUAUCAGAACAAAAUAAGAUAAAAACAUUAGAGGCAAUGGAGGUUGCUCUUGAAAAAAGAUUACAGAGGAUUAUUCAAGAAAAUGAAGUUAUAUCCGAUGAUAUUAAAAAGGAAGGAGAUAUUUAUGAGAAUUUAAAGCAUGAUUAUGAUUCGCUUGUUGAAAAAAUGCGACAGUUGGAGAUUCAAGAGAAAGAAGCUGAUGAGGCUGUAAAAAAUCAAAUAAAAACUUUAAUUUUAGAGAAUGAGAAGACAAAGCAAGAAGAAAUUGCAUUUAAAGACGACUGCAAAAAAAUUAUUGCAGACCUUCACAAAAAAAUUGAAGAAGCUGAAAAUCUCGCAAAUACACCAGACGAAGAAAUUACUGAAUAUGACCAGAUUUUAGAGGAAGAAGAAGAAAAGCUUCGAGUAUGCAGAUUACAAUUGGCAAAGAAAAAUCGAGCAGUUACAAGUUUGCAGCGUCAAUUGGACAAUAUUCCUGAUAAUGUUGAGCUUUCACAGUAUCAAAAGAGAUUCUUAGAAUUGUAUAAUCAAGUUAGUGCUAAGCAUAAAGAAACUAAACAGUUCUAUGCUUUAUAUAAUACUCUCAAUGACACACAUCUCUACAUUGGCAAAGAAUUGGAACUCCUCAAUUCAUUAUAUGACAAUUACAACCAAGCAAUGGCAACAAUUCCAUCAAAAGAGCAAUUUUUGAAGAAAAUUGAGGAUAUUGUUGAAGGUAUCUCAACAACAAAGACAAAGUUCCGUAAAAAACAUGACGAUGAAAAGACAAAGAGGGAUCAACUAAACAAUGAGCUUUUAGGAUUAAUUGAUUUACAAAGGAAGUAUGCGGCGCUUAUUAAACAGUUUAAAAUUGCUUUUGAAAGAGCUUAA